AUGAAGAACCAUUCUACCAUUACAGAGUUCAUCUUGGUGGGACUUGCCAAUAACCGUGAACACCAGAUGUUCAUAUUUUGGGCUUUCACCUUCCUCUAUGCAGCAGCUUUAGCAGGCAACAUCCUCCUCAUCCUUGCCAUUAGCACAUGUAGCAAACUCCACACACCAAUGUACUUCCUGCUCAUCAAUUUGUCAAUCAUAAACUUGUGUUCUGUCUCUGUUACAGUUCCCAAAAUGUUGCAAAACAUUUUGGCCCAGAGAAAGGCCAUUUCACUUUGUAGCUGCUUUGCACAGGUAUAUCUCUUCACAUUAGCUUUGGGAACAGAGUUGCUACUCCUUGCCUUCAUGGCUUUUGAUCGCUAUGCUGCUAUCUGCUACCCUUUACAGUAUACAAUCAUAAUGAGGAAGGAAUUUUGCAUUGGAACAAUGGCUAGUCUGUGGCUUAUUGGCACAGUAAAUUCUGCAGUUCACACAGGACUUGUGCUACAGCUUUCCUUCUGCAACUCCAAUGUCAUCAACCAUUUCUUCUGUGAACUGCCACCAAUGUUCAAGAUCUCCUGCUCAGACACAAGUCUCAAUGAAAUCAUGGUUUUUGCAGCAUCUGUGCUCAUUGCCAUUGGGAGUUGUGCACUGACAUUAACAUCAUAUGGAUUCAUCCUGAGAACCAUUAUUGGAAUCCGCUCAGCUGAAGGAAAGAAGAAAGCCUUCUCUACAUGUUCUUCCCAUCUUCUGGUUGUCAGUUUUUACUAUUCUACCAUUAUCUAUACUUUCCUUCGGCCUUCCUCAGCCUACUCCUUGGAGGAGGACAAAGUGAUUGCUAUCCUUUACUCUGUAGUAACCCCAGUCCUCAAUCCACUCAUUUACUCACUGAGAAAUAAUGAUGUUAAAAUGGCUUUAACAAAACUGAUAUGCCGAACCUGGCUCUUCCAGAGAUAUUGA